CACAAUUUUUUGGACACUUCCAUUUCACAUUAGAAAUCAUGGUUGAAAACGACAUGGUGUUUGCAGUCCAGAUCGACAAAUGGUGUCGUAUGAGGAAAAUGAUGAAUAUUAUUUCCUAAAUUGUUUUUUUCGCACAAAAUAAAAUGUCGAGAAGAACAAAUCUUUGCAUACAACAAUAUGUAUAAUAUAAUUCCAAGAAGGAGAAGGUAUACCGGAAAUUCCUGGCAUUGUUUUUCUGAACAUGGAGGUUGUAGAGAGAGACAGAAGGGAUGAGAAGAAAGAAAAGGGCAUAGAGGUAGAGAGAGACUAAAACCUUUCUGUUCUUUCUCCUUUAAUUUUCUUCUCUUUCUCUCUCAAAAGAGUAACAAAAGAAAAUUUAAGAUGUCCUUCAUUCUCGUUUGAAAUUUCCUCUUCUUCUCUGUCCUCCCUCUCCUGUUUAUCCAAUCCCAAGGCUCUCUUCCUCUUCUUGCUGGGGAGGACUUUCGGUUCUUCAUUCCCUUUUUUCUCCCCCUCCAAAUCUUAGAUCCGCGAAGUCCUCUCUUCCCCGUCUUUUUCCUUCCCGAGCUGCAAUAAUGGCGGGUUGUUAAAUUCUGGGUUCGACGAGGACUGAGAAUAAUCCGCAUUUUGCAGGUAACCCAUCUCGAAUUUCUGCUGAAAUUUCGCUCUUUUUCCGCUUUUCUUAUUCUGGGUUCCUCUGUUUUUUCCACCCUUGUUACAAUUUCUGAGCUGCGAAUGGAUGCAGAGAAGAUUUGUUGUUUGAGAAAUUUAAGGUCAAUGUUGGAAUUGGUUUUUCGUGUCUAGGGAGGAAGCCAGCUAAGAAUUCCUGCGUAUGAAUUCGAUUCUUGAGUUCCUGACUCGUGCAUAUGAAUGCAGAGAAGACUUUUUGGUUUUAUUUUCCUCGUUGGAUUUUUGCCCCCGGUUCGUUGUCCGUUUCCCUUUUUUGUUCUGAUGGUUCUAGAUCGUGGGAAGUCUUUGUUUAUGGAAGGUUUUGUUCUGAUGGCUUAGACUUUGGAAUGUGAUCCCUUGUUUAGUUUUCAAUCCUUUGUAUGCCCAACUGUUAUGCUGCUGGAAUUUGAUAAAAUGCAUCUUCUUUGUGCCAUUUGCCCCUUUCAUGCCAUUCAUUAAUUUUGCUUCCCUUUGGUUUCAUGCUGGUCUGAUCAGCCAUAAGCAGAUGACAUAUUUUGCAGAAGGGACAACUGGAAAGUUGUAUCUGCUUGGAAGCAAAGUGUAGGAUUUGCUAAAAGUUGGUGGUGAUAUUUCCAGAGCAGCACGAUUGAAUCUAUCCUUUUAGAUUGAGUUUGGAGAGAGAUGGGGCGGAGUAGGAUAAGGGCUAAGAUUCGACGCAGCCAUCUUCAUCCAUUUUCAUGUCUAAGGCCAAGCACAAAGGAAGGGCAGGAGCCACAUUCACUGGAAGGCCCCGGUUUCUCCAGAAUUGUCUAUUGCAAUGAACCCAUAAAGCAUAGGAAAAAACCCUUGAAAUACUGUUCAAACUAUAUCUCCACAACCAAGUACAAUGUCAUUACAUUUCUACCGAAGGCUUUGUUUGAACAGUUUCGUCGGGUUGCCAACAUCUACUUCCUCUUGGCGGCCAUCCUUUCGCUAACCCCAGUAACUCCAUUCUCAGCCGUGAGCAUGAUCUUCCCUUUAGCUGUUGUCGUUGGUAUUAGUAUGGCCAAGGAAGCAUUGGAAGACUGGGGGAGGUUUAUGCAGGACAUGAAGGUUAAUACGCGAAAAACUUACGUUCAUCAGGGAGAGGGUGAGUUUGGCUACAGGGCUUGGGAAAAGAUUCAAGUAGGUGACAUAAUCAAGGUAGAGAAGGAUCAGUUCUUCCCUGCUGAUUUACUUCUGUUGUCCACGAGUUAUGAGGAUGGAAUUUGUUAUGUUGAGACUAUGAACCUCGAUGGGGAGACUAAUUUGAAGAUCAAACGAGCUCUCGAGGUAACAUUGUCUCUAGAUGAUGAUGACACUUUCAAGAACUUUUCAGGGAUGAUAAAAUGUGAAGAUCCAAAUCCAAGCCUCUACACAUUUGUUGGUAACUUUGAGUAUGAUCGUCAGGUUUAUCCUCUCGAUCCUAGUCAAAUACUCCUCAGAGAUUCGAAGCUUAGGAACACGGGUUUUAUAUAUGGAGUUGUUGUGUUCACUGGCUUUGAUAGCAAAGUCAUGCAGAAUUCGACUAAAUCACCUUCCAAAAGGAGCAGAGUGGAAAGGAAAAUGGACAAAAUCAUAUACAUUCUCUUCAGCUUCCUUAUCCUGAUUUCAUUGAUUAGCUCAAUCGGCUUUGCAGUCAAGAUAAAGUACCAAAUGCCAGAUUGGUGGUAUAUGCAGCCAUGGAAUCCUCAAGAUCUGUACAAUCCUAAUAAUCCUUCGAAAUCCGGGUUGGCUCAUUUGAUCACAGCUCUCAUCCUUUAUGGUUAUUUAAUCCCCAUCUCUCUUUAUGUUUCCAUUGAGGUUGUGAAAGUUUGUCAAGCGAUGUUUAUUGACCAAGACAUACAUAUGUAUGAUGAAGAAACUGGUAAUACUGCUCGAGCAAGGACAUCAAAUUUGAAUGAAGAGUUGGGUCAGGUUGACACUAUCCUUUCAGAUAAAACGGGUACCUUGACAUGCAAUCAAAUGGAUUUUCUGAAGUGUUCCAUUGCUGGUAAUCCAUAUGGCGUGAAAUCCAGCGAGGUGGAACUUGCUGCAGCAAAACAGAUGGCUAUUGACCUUGAGGAUCGGGAUGGAGAACUUUCUACUGGUUCCAGGAGCAAUACUGGUACAAGAACCUCUUGGGAAAGGUCUGGAGAUCCAGAGAUUGAACUGGAGACUGUCAUUACUGCUAGAGAUGAGAAGGACCACAAACCGGCUAUAAAAGGGUUUAGCUUCGAGGAUAGCCGACUUAUGGAUGGGAACUGGUUGAAUGAGCCCAGUCCUGAUGUCCUUUUGUUGUUCUUCCGGAUAUUGGCGAUCUGUCAUACUGCGGUUCCUGAACUGAAUGAAGAAACUGGAACUUAUACAUAUGAAGCUGAGUCACCUGAUGAAGCAGCAUUUCUCGUUGCAGCAAGAGAAUUUGGUUUUGAGUUCUUUAAAAGGACACAAUCCAGUGUAUCUGUUCGCGAGAGAAUGCGUCCAGGACAAGUGGUUGAAAGAGAGUAUAAAAUUCUGAAUCUGCUGGAAUUCACAAGCAAGAGAAAAAGGAUGUCGGUAAUUGUGCAGGAUGAGGAUGGGCAGAUUCUAGUCCUUUGCAAAGGCGCUGACAGUAUAGUUUUUGAUCGGCUGUCAAAGAAUGGACGAACAUUCGAGGAAUCCACCACGAAGCAUCUGAAUGAUUAUGGAGAAGCUGGAUUACGUACCCUCGUCCUUGCUUACAAAAAGCUCAACGAGGCGGACUACAAUGUGUGGAACAAUGAAUUCGUCAAAGCCAAGACUUCAAUUGGUGCUGACAGAGAAGUGAUGCUCGAGCAAGUAGCAGACAUGAUGGAAAAAGAUUUCAUUCUUGUGGGCGCGACAGCUGUCGAGGAUAAGUUGCAAAAAGGGGUGCCACAAUGCAUAGAUAAACUCGCACAGGCUGGUCUAAAGAUUUGGGUUUUGACAGGAGAUAAGAUGGAAACUGCAAUCAACAUAGGAUUUGCUUGUAGUUUGCUUCGACAAGGGAUGAAGCAGAUUGUUAUAUCAUCGAUGAAUUCGGAUAACUUAGCCCAAGACUCUAAUCAGGCUGUGAAGGAUAAUAUAUUGAACCAACUUACCAAUGCCUCUCAAUCGAUCAAGCUCGAGAAAGAUCCACAUGCUGCAUUUGCAUUAAUCAUCGAUGGAAAGACACUAACUUAUGCUUUGGAGGAUGAUAUGAAGCACGUGUUCUUGGCUUUAGCUGUUGACUGUGCAUCCGUGAUAUGCUGUCGUGUUUCGCCAAAGCAGAAGGCAUUGGUAACACGGUUAGUAAAAGAAGGCACAGGAAGAACAACCUUGGCAAUUGGUGAUGGGGCAAAUGAUGUUGGAAUGAUUCAAGAAGCCGACAUUGGUGUCGGAAUCAGUGGGGUUGAAGGCAUGCAAGCUGUGAUGGCGAGUGAUUUCUCAAUUUCACAAUUCCGGUUCUUGGAAAGACUUCUAGUAGUCCAUGGACACUGGUGCUACAAGAGAAUAGCUCAGAUGAUCUGCUAUUUCUUCUACAAGAACAUUGCUUUUGGUCUCACUCUCUUCUACUUCGAGGCAUUCACCGCCUUCUCUGGGCAAUCGAUCUACGACGACUGGUACAUGAUUCUGUUCAAUGUCCUCCUCACCUCAUUGCCAGUCAUCUCACUCGGAGUCUUUGAACAAGAUGUUCCUUCAGAAGUCUGCUUACAGUUUCCCGCAUUAUAUCAACAAGGCCCGAAGAACCUGUUCUUCGACUGGUACAGGAUACUGGGCUGGAUGGGGAAUGGUCUAUACUCCUCCCUCGCCAUCUACUUCCUCAACAUCCUCAUCCUCUCCAACCAAGCAUUCCGAACCAGCGGACAGACUGCUGACAUGGCAGCAGUGGGGACCACGAUGUUCUCUUGCAUCAUCUGUGCCGUGAACUGUCAGAUCGCCCUCACAAUGAGUCACUUCACCUGGAUCCAGCAUGUCUUAGUAUGGGGCAGCAUUGCAACGUGGUUCCUGUUCCUAUUUGUAUAUGGGAUGGUGCCUCCAGCCCAUUCAGGAAAUGCAUACCAAAUCCUUGUGGAAGUUCUUGGUCCAGCGCCACUCUACUGGUGUGCGAUCUUGUUGGUGACAAUCACCUGCAACCUUCCUUACUUAGCUCACAUUUCGUUCCAAAGGUGCUUCAAUCCCAUGGAUCAUCACAUUAUUCAAGAGAUUAAGUACUACAAGAAGGAUGUUGAGGAUCAACAUAUGUGGAGAAGGGAAAGGUCAAAGGCUAGGCAAGAAACCAAGAUCGGGUUCUCGGCUAGGGUUGAUGCAAAGAUCAGGCAUUUAAAAGGUAGACUGCAGAAGAAGAACACUUUAGCAGUGCACAGUAAUAGGCCUUCACAAUCUUGAUUAAGGGUUUGCGGUGAAUCGAUCUUUGGGGUUACAUUCUUUCCCCUCUUAACCCUUUUUUCGGUUGGUAAAGUUUUUUCUUACUUAGGGAUUAUUCUUUGGCCAUUAGCACAAUUUUCCUGGUUCCUUCUUCAUGAGGCCUCCCCUUCCUUGUUGAGAAUCUGUGUGUCUCGCAAAAUUUUCUUUCGGUUUUGAGCUAGUGGAAAGGAAGUAGGGAGGGAAAAAGGAAAGAGGAAAAUGUGAAGAGAAAAACUGGUUUGGGUUCUGUGUAUGUAAGUUCUCUGCUUAUUGAAGAGCGAGAAAGUGGACCAAGUUAACAGCUUGUGAAUGUGAAGAAAAUAGUUGAAAUCUAACUUUUUUACGGCAGCAGUAGCACCAUUGUUCUUGUUUUUUACACUUCUUUCUGGUUGCCCACCUGUGUGUAUUUUACUUGUAGUAUUCUACUGUAAUAUAUUAGGUCACACAAAUGCCUUCAUGAUAGAAACUCAGGAGGUCGAGUUUUCUAUCUGUGUCUCGAAAUGGAGGGGUGGCGGAUCACCAAUGGGGUGAUCAACCCUUCCUGUCGAAAAUGGAAGGAAGUGAGAGGUUUAGGAAGAGAAGGGAGGGGAAGAAGAAGUGCAGCGGCGACUGCAGUAAAGGGAAGAAGGAGAACUCGGAAGAGGUAGAGAGAAGAGAGGGAAUUAGGGAAAAUAAAUUAUUCUUGAUUUU